AUGACUACAGGCACAGCAUCACGACGCCUGCGGAUUGGCAUCGAUGUCGGAGGAACAAACACCGACGGCGCCAUCAUCGACCCUUUCCAGACCUCUGCUCCGGAUCGAGGCGUUGUAGCAUGGCACAAGGAACCAACAACGACCAAUCCUAGUGUUGGCAUCGACAAUGCCAUCGCCAACAUGCUCUCGUCGGCUGCCAUCAGCCCUGACGACAUUGCAAGCGUGACUAUCGGCACCACCCAUUUCGUCAACGCUGUGAUAGAGAGAGAUGCAGCAAGGCUGUCUCGAGUUGCUGUUCUUCGUCUUUGCGGACCCUUCUCAAAACACACCCUUCCUUGUGUGGACUGGCCUGCCGAUAUGCGAGACCUCAUUCUGGGCCAUCACGCUCUCCUCAAGGGUGGAUUGGAAGUUGAUGGACAUUUGAUCUCUGACAUCGACCAAGACGAGAUCAAGGAGCAAUGUGCCAUUAUCCAACAAAAGGGCAUUAAGAGCGUGGUUGUAAUCGGCAUUUUCAGCCCCAUCGACACGGUGGAAAGGCAAGAAGAGAGGGCCGCGGAGAUUAUCAAGGCUCAGAUCCCUGAUAUCGAUGUUGUGUGUUCCAAAGAAGUUGCCAACCUUGGCUUCCUUGAACGAGAGAAUGCCGCUAUCCUGAACGCUUCUAUUCUACCCUUCGCCCGAAAAACCAUUCGGUCCUUCCAUCAACCCAUCAGACGGCUUGGUAUGAAGUGCCCUAUCUUUAUUAGCCAGAACGACGGCACUGUUCUUUCUGGUGACCUCGCCGCGCGAUUACCUAUCCGAACCUUCUCAAGUGGCCCAACCAACAGUAUGAGAGGUGCUGCAUUUUUGGUGCAAGGGGAACUCAACGAAGCAAUGAUGGUGGUCGACAUAGGAGGAACCACAACUGACGUGGGCCUAUUGUUGGAAACUGGCUUCCCUCGUCAACAGGCAGCCUACAACGAUCUUUCGGGUGUGAGAAUGAACUUUUCCUGCCCAGACAUCAAGAGCAUCGGCCUUGGUGGAGGCUCCAUCGUGCGAAAAGACAGCGGCGUGUCAGUCGGACCUGACAGUGUGGGAUAUAAACUAACCCAGGAAGCUGUCGUCUUUGGCGGAAAGGUACUGACCUCGACUGAUUGCGCCGUCCUAGCCAACCCAAGCUUGAAGAUCGGAGACUCGGCUCUGGUUCAAGGCGCACUCUCGGACGACCAACUCUCCAAGGUCACCUUGGUGAUUCAGCACAAGCUGGAAAAGAUUAUCGACACCAUGAAGACAUCACCCCAAGAUAUACCCGUCAUUCUCGUUGGAGGUGGAGCUGUCAUUGCCCCCGAUGACCUCAAGGGAGCAAGCAAGGUGCUGAAGCCCAAGUGGUCACAGGUUGCCAAUGCAAUCGGCGCCGCCAUAGCGAGAGUGAGUGCUGUCGUGGAUACCGUCAAAUCAACUGCAUCGAAGUCGACCGCCGAGCUCCUCGAAGAAGUCAGCCAAGAGGCUAUUGAGAAGACUGUCGCAGCCGGCGGGUUACGGUCGACUGUCAGCAUUGUCGAGAAGGAGACGCUGCCGCUCCAGUACAUUGCCAAUAAGACUCGCUUUGUUGUUCGGGCUACCGGAGACUUUGACUUCUCGAGAGAGGAUAUUGUGUCCGAGUCGCAGGACGAGUCAGAUGAACCCCUGGAUAUGGAUCACUAUGAGAAGACAGCAAAGGACAAGGACUCUCAACGAGAUACGCAAGCUGAAGACGACUUUGAUAUCCUCGCCUAUCGCCCACAAGUGAAGAAUCGCAUCUGGAACGUUUCAGAGCGCGACGUGGAAUGGAUCUCAACAGGUGCCUACAUCCUUGGAACAGGAGGCGGCGGAAAUCCUUACGGGUUAAUGAUUCGACUUCGAACUCUACUACGAAACGGGACCACGAUCCGUGUGGUGAACCCCGAAGACCUCUCCGAUGAUGCUCAGGUUGGUUGUGGCGGCGGAGCAGGCAGUCCUACUGUCGCCAUUGAGAAGCUGGCAGGCGACGAGCUCCUCGAGGCGCAGCAUGAGUUGUACAAGAUCUGCGAGAAAUCAGCUACUCACAUGAUUUCCGUCGAAAUUGGAGGUGCAAAUGGCCUCUCUGGGCUGCUGUUGGGAUCUAGUGCACAAAUGGACGUUCCGACCGUGGACGGCGACUGGAUGGGUAGAGCAUACCCGACGAAAUGGCAGACAACCCCGGUGGUCUUCAAGGAGAGGGAGACCAUCUGGUCCCCAAUCGCACUCAGCGACGGCAACGGCAACGUGAUCAUCAUGCCCAAGGCGUCCUCUGACGCCGCUGUUGAGCGUAUUCUGCGAGCUGCCUUAAGCGAGAUGGGCUCCCAGGUGGGAGGUGCAGACGCACCAGUCACAGGCGCAGAGACAAAACGCUGGGUUGUCAAGCACACGCUGUCUCAAGCGUGGAGGAUUGGACGUGCAGUUGCGAGAGCUCGCAAGGAGAACAGGGUGGACAAUGUUGCUGAGACAAUCAUCGACGAGUGUGGAGGGCCCGGAGCUGGAAAGGUUCUCUGGAAGGGCAAGAUUGUUGGCGUCGAGAGGACUCUAAGAAACGGUCAUGUUUAUGGCGAGUGUCUCAUCGAGGGUGCAGAUGUCAGGGAUGAUGACAAUGGCACGGCUGGAGACCAAGCCUCGGCGCAAUUCAGGGGUAUCAUCAAGAUCCCCUUCAAGAACGAAAACAUCGCCGCUAUCAGAGUCCACCCUGACCGGAAGGAGGAAAGACAGGAGGAUGUGCUCGCCAUAGUCCCUGACUUGGUGUGCCUGAUCGACGCACAGAGUGGGGAGGCAGUCGGGACACCCGAGUACCGAUAUGGAUUGCUCGUUGUCGUGCUUGGUAUUGCGGCAAGCGACCGAUGGACCGGUUCGGAACGGGGUAUCGAGAUUGGAGGGCCCAAAGGUUUCGGCUUUGACCACCUCAAGUUUGAGCCAUUGGGCAAGUAUACGGAGCCCAAGAGUGUCAUUGAUGAGUUUGAUGAGUCUUCUUAG